AGGCACGCUGUUGCUGCUCCAUCAUCUGAAGCAUAAAAGCCAUGUCUUUGGGAGUCUGUGCUCUGCUCAUCAUCCUGUGCAACGUUUGGUGCUUGAUCCGUGGGACUUCUGUGAUGAUCCCAGAUGUUGCUGUGAGAUGUGCUGAGGACGUGGUGCUGCCCUGUAAAGCUCUUCAGGACUCCUCAAUCUCCUACCAGACAGUGUCUUGGUAUAAAAUGGCUGGAGACAGCGAAGGAAUAGCAUGGGAAGUACUUGAUAUGGAAUCUCAUUUUCCACAAGAAGCUGGGGGGUCCUUGGAGCUCUCCAAUGACACCUCCUUUUCACUGAGGAUCAGAAAUGCGACCGGCCGAAGCAGUGGGACGUACAAGUGCACUCUGGGGGAGCAGAACGGAGAACGCAACCUGAGCAGCUCAGUCACGUUAAAAGUAACAGGUUGCCCUGGAAUAGAAGAGGACAAACUAAAAAAAUACAAAGGCGAGCUCUUCAUGCUGACUUGCCUUGGGAUUUUUUACUUGCUGCUCAUCUUCUUUACCUGUACAUGUCUAAGAAAAGAGAGUAUGUCUCCCAAUUACCAAAAAACCAGACCAGAUAUGAAGCACAUGCUUACCCUCAUCAAUGUACGUGAAAUAACAACUUUCCAGCAUUUAAACAGCGACAGCACUUGCAAAAAUGAGCUCACUUCAAGUUCUGUGUAAGCUGACGUUGAUGGCACUGUGGACUCAUCAGUAAACACAAGCUGGAUGGCUGAGUGGUAUGGAGAGGAAAUAAAUGAUAAUAUUUAUUGUCUCUUCAGAGAUUAUAUGAGGAUAAUAUGGUCUCUUCAGAACAGCCUGAAAGUACAGGUACCUUGUCAGUGAUCUGCUUGUGCUGGACAAGCCUUCGACAAGCACUUAUGCACUACGGUAACUUUUGAGAGUUAGUCAGCUAAAAAAUACUUUUACAGCUACGCAACAUGAUACAAUGCUGUUAUGAGGUUGGUAUCAACUUUAUUUCACUUUGCUGUGAAGCUCUCCUUUUUUGAGCAAGAAUAUGCUUCUAACAUGAAGACUGAGUUGUAGGGAGGCCAUGGCUGUGCAAAGCCAGCAGAUGAAGCUCUUCACUGGACUGAUAUCUCCCACCUUUCUGAAGCAAACACAGCAGGUGCUGUGGUAUGAAAAGAAAUGUGUGCAGGGCUGUCUCUGAUCUGAGCCUGAUCCUGGAUGGAGUUCCUUUACUGCAAAUGAGAUGCAAUCCAUCAUGUGAUGUUCAAAUAGGCUGAAGAGGUAACUUCAUGCUCUUGCACUGGAAGGAUCAAAGCAAUAUUCACUCUUAAAUCUUAGAGUGACAGACAGGCUGAGAAGGAAGAUUUUCUCAAAAUCUUUCUGGACUGAAUAAACUUUUUAUUUCAGCAGGAAAAAUAGGGACAUAUUUUCCAGAUUAAUCUAUAGGAAGCUUCAAUGAGACUGUUAAUCUCAAAUAAGAAUGAAGAAGACUCUGAUAUUAAAGACAUGUAAAGAUGAUUUAUUGUGUGGUUUACAGAACAUGGAGCCAAACAUAGGCAACACUUAUGUCAGUCAAGUUACACGAGCGAGGACAUUUCUUCCAUGUCUUGGAAGAAAUCAACCAACCAUGUCUUUGGGAUGUACUAAGAUACAUACAUGGAUUAGUAUGAGAUACACGAGUGGAAGAUGGGACAUAUGAGCUUUUGGUGUUGGCAGUGUAUGUAUGUGAAAAAAGGACAUGAGAAAAGCUGAACUCGGGCACACCAUGAAGGGGAGAGAAGAUUUGUUCUUUUGGACCAAACUGCAAGUGAUCCUAGGCUCUGAAUCCAAGGAACCUUCCUCUAUUGGAUUGCUAGUGUGGAAGGUGAAGGAAAAGGACUCUAAAGUGACUGUGGUUGCUUAUGCCAUAAUGUCAGAAUUUGAGCCCAAACAUCAGAACUUGUACACCCUGAGGAGCACAGUCUUAAAAAAAUACUUCAAGAACUGACCAGCAACAUUAGAAUUUUUUAUGCAGUUUGGAAUUCCAGACUGUCCAGGUAGACAAAAAGAUCUUUCUGUAAUCCUUUGACUAAUUUUGAAGUGUUGAUGGGAAGAAAGCUGUACAUCACUCAGCACUGGCUCUGGGAGCAGGAUAGAUGUCUGCAUUGCUGGAGUCCAAGAGGGUCCUGACCAGAAUGACUUAUAGUUACAAGGGAUAUGCAAAUUGCCUAGAACAUAGCAAAGUAAUUCCACAUUGCUUUUUUUUUUCCCUGUAAUUUUUACAUUUAAAUGUGUGUAGGAUACUUGAAGUAAAAAUUCAGACAUAACCUACCAUUUGGUUUUGUGUGCUACAUUUGGCAAAUAAACCCAGGAAAACUCCGUA